CCUCAGUCCAUCACAGGCCACAUCUCGGCGCUGCUUACACCCCUAAAAAAAAUAAUCUCUGUGCUGCUUCGUCUAUCCCUCCCACCGUCCUCGGCUCCCCGGGGAUCCCGCCGUCGCCGCCGCCGGCCCGCGUUGGUGCCGCCCCGGCUCUUUCAACUUGGAAGGGCUGCCACCACCGCCUCCUCCCUCCGCGCCAGUCCCCGCAAGCGCUCCUCGGCACCCCUCCUCCUGCCGUCGGAUCCCCUCACCGUAGCAUCUGAUUGGCAGUGGACAGGGCAAGAUGUCUGGCGGCAAUCCUGCAGGUGUGGAUAACACUUUCCGUAGGAAAUUUGACAAGGAGGAGUACUUGGAGCGAGCUCGACAGAGAGAGCGGGAUGAGAAGGAUGAAGCCCGGAGAGGCAAGGACAGGGGCCCUCCUGUGCAAAGACAGCCUUUGAAGCAUAGGGAUUAUGAAGUUGAUCUUGAGUCUCGUCUUGGUAAAACCCAGGUGGUAACCCCAAUCGCACCUUUGAGUCAGCAGGCUGGAUACUACUGUUCAGUAUGUGAGUGUGUUGUUAAAGAUUCAGCCAACUAUUUGGAUCAUAUAAAUGGCAAGAAGCAUCAGAGAGCAUUGGGCAUGUCUAUGCGUGUUGAAAGGGCGUCACUCGAACAGGUUCAAAAACGGUUUGAGGCACUUAAGAAGAGGAAGGACCCAGCCAGCUUCAGUGAACAAGAUUUGGAUGAGAGAAUAUGGAAGCAGCAGCAAGAGGAGGAGGAGAAGAAGCGUCAACGCAGAGAAAAGAAGAAAGAAAAGAAGAAAGAGCAGGCUGGCCAGAAUGAACCUGAGGACAUUGACCCUGAUGUUGCUGCUAUGAUGGGCUUCGGCGGGUUCGGCACCUCUUCAAAGAAGUGAAAAUUGCUGCUUCAGGUGGCGCCAUUCCGUUGGUCUGUGGCUGCUGAAGACGUCGCCGUGGCUCCGUGCACCUGGAUCUCAGCAAAGGUCAGACACAGCUCUGAUGCAGUGUUGCGAGUAGUGUACUGGAGCCUUGUUGCAACCGCUACCUGAUAAUGUCAGCGAAACGAUAAUUAAUGCUGGAACAAUUCAGCUUCUGUAAUCGGUGACCGGUGAUCAUUUGAGAAGCAUUUCAUCUUUGAGAAAUGAGAUGACUAAUUCGUCUAGAUGCUGCUGUAUCAUUUGAGAGGCAUUUUAUCUUUGAGAAAUGAGAUAACUAAUUCGUUGA